AUGGCGGCCCUCGUAGCGGCGGAGUCCGCGGCGUCCCCGGGCCUGGCCGAGACGGCCGAGGCGGCGGAGCUAAGCCGCGCCCUGAGCCGCCUGCUGCCGGGGCUGGAGGCCGACAGCAAACUGGGCCGGCGGCGCGCGCUCGAGGCGCUACAGCGCGCGCUCGAGGCCGCGUGGCCCGAGGAGUCCGCCGCCAACCCCGCCGCCGCGGCCGCCGCCUUCCAGGGCCCGUGGGCGCGCCUGCUGCUGCCGCGCCUGCUGCGCUGCCUGGCCGACCCGGCCGAAGGCUGCCGCGCGCUCGCCGCGCACCUGCUGAGUCAAGGCCUGCGGCGCGCCGCGCGGCCCGGCGACGCCCUGCCGCGCCUGCUGCCCGCGCUCGCCGCGCGCCUGGCCGGGCCCCAGCUCGCGCGCGGCCGGCCGCCCGAGGCCUGCGAGGAGCUGCGCCUGGCGCUCGUGCAGCUGCUCGGCCUGGCGGUGCGCCUGGGCGGCGCGGGGCUGGCGCCCCACCUGGACGACGCGGUGCGCGUGCUGCGCUGCACGCUGCUCGACCCUUUCGCCGCCGUUCGCCGCGAGAGCUGCGAGUGCGCCGCGGGCCUGGCGCGCGCCACGCCAGACCACUUCCACAUGCAGUCAGAGUCCUUGAUCAGUCCCCUGAUGCAGAGCAUCUCACACCAGCACUGGAAGGUGCGGGUGGCUGUCAUUGAGGCCACGGGUACUGUGAUCCAGUUCGGCAACGGCAAGUCAGUAGACGAUGUGCUUCCUCACUUUGCUCAGAGGCUCUUUGACGACGUCCCCCAGGUGCGGCAGGCGGUGACCGGCGUGGUGGGGGGCUGGCUGCUGGACCUGCAGGACCGUUAUUCCUUCUUUCACAAGCUCAUCCCACUGUUGCUGAGCAGCCUUGAGGACGACAUACCUGAAAUCGCGCUCAUGGCCACCAGCCUCUGGGAGAAGGUCGGCCUGCAGUGGCAGAGGGAAAACGAGGAGGACCUCAAAGACAAGCUCGACUUUGCCACUCCCCCUCCAGCCCAUCACCCCUCACCAGAGAAUCGCCCUGUGUUGGGCUGUCGGGAGCUCGUCUUCAGAAACCUCUCCAAGAUCCUUCCUGCCAUCUGUCAUGACAUCACCGACUGGGUAGUAGGAACCAGGGUGAAGGCUGCACAGCUGCUGUCAGUGCUGAUGCUCCACGCCGAAGACCACAUCACGCAGCACCUGGAGGUUAUCCUCAGAACCCUGCAGCGGGCAUGUGCUGAUGAGGACAGGGCUGUGGUCAGCAAUUGCAUCAGAUCUGCAGAGCUGGUUGGAGUGUUCGUCAGCCCAGAAGUGUUUCUGAAGCUGAUCUUAUCCACGCUGAAGAAGUCACCCUCCCCCGCCGGCCUCCUGGUCCUCGCUUCUAUCAUCCGAGGCUGCCCUAGGGAGGCCCUCCAGCCACACUUGAAGGUCAUUGCCACGGAGCUGGCCCAGCCCCAUGUCUGUCAAGGAUCUGAAAAUCUGCUUCAUGGGGAGCACCUGCUGCUCUGCGUGCAGACUUUGGUUUCCGUGUGCCAGGAAGACUGCAGAGGAUGCAGCUUGCAGCUCAUGGAAGUGCUCGUGACCAUCAUGGCGCUCUCCGGAGCCACAGGCCUCAGUGACAAGGUUCAAGAGACCAUGGAUGCUCUGGCCACAGUGCAAGAGGUCAACAGCAGGCAGGACCUCUACCGAGAACACAUAGGCCCCCUUGUGGAGUGGCUGGCAGCGACACAGAACGACUGGACUGUCCACUCCGUGGAGCUGCUGCAGCUCACUGUGGUAGUCACCCAUGCAGGCCCGGCGCUGGGAGAAGUGCUGCCCCACCUCAUGCCCAUCCUUAGGAGCUGCCUCCAGCCAGCCAGAGACCCGCAGAUGCGCCUGAGGCUCUUCUCUUGCCUGUCACGGGUGCUGCUGAAUGCAAAGCAGACCAUCGACUCCCAGGGGCAGUUCCACCACUACCUCGACACUGUGACGAAGGACAUCCUGGUCCCCAAUCUGCAGUGGCAUGCAGGGAAGACCGCCGCAGCCAUCCGCACGGCAGCUGUGUCCUGCCUCUGGGCGCUCAUCAGCAGCGAGGUCCUGUCGGAAGAGCAGAUACAGCAAGUGCAGGAGACACUGAUGCCGCAUAUUCUAACCACCCUGGAGGAAGAUUCUCAGAUGACUCGAUUAAUUUCGUGCCAGAUCAUUAACAGAUUUCUAAAAUCCUCCAGUGGCAUCAUUGAUCCUGAUAAGUUCAUCAGGAUUUACCCUGAGCUCCUGAAGCGUCUGGACGACGUUUCCCAUGAAGUGAGGCUAGCUGCCACCUCUGCCUUGGUCACAUGGCUGGCGUGUAUCAAGAAUGAUGAUGGGAAGUCCUACUACCAAAGCAACAUUCAGUUCCUGUACAGAGAGCUCCUUGUGUACCUCGAUGACCCGGAGAGCGCUGUCCAGGAUGCGGUGUUAGAGGUCCUCAAAGCAGGAAGCGUUCUGUUCCCUGAGCUCCUGGUGAGAGAGACAGAGGCUGUCGUCCACAAGCACCGCUCUCCUGCCCACUGCCAACAGCUUCUGCAGCACCUGCAGGCCCUGCCACUCGCCCAAUAAGAGCAUGGAGCAGGCACCCAGUACCCAUCCUCACGCACCUCACAGCUCUGGCACCUCUCUGUUGACAGCUGGAGACAUUCACAAGCAAGAAUGUACUCUGUAAGAAAUAUGCUAGGAUUCUCCUAAGACAGAUCUCAAGCCCAGCAGUUUCUGAAAUAAUGUUCACUGAGUGGCUUCUGUACUUUUGUCUUAUUUAUAUAGUUCAUUGACAGAUCUCCCAAAAAUCUAUAGGUUAUUUGAAAUUAAAACUAAAUGGCACCUGCUCACACUGGCAGCCAAAUCAGCCCUUUUGUUUUAAAGCUUUGUGCACCUGCUGUGUUCCAGAGUUAGUAUUUCUGUUUGAGCAAAUGCCCACCCCACCAAGAUGAUUUUUUAAGCAAGUUAUUAAAAAGAAAUUCAUUCAUUCCUUAAGUUGUGUCUACUGAAACAGUAUCACAGUGAACAGACUAAAAGGAACUUGAAGUCUUUAUCAGUUAAAUUUUUUCCUGUUUAAAAUAUUCUGGAACUCAAAAUGUUACAUGGAUAGUCACAAUAUUUUUUUCUUAGCUCAGUGAUGCAAUGUUGAAAGAAUAUUUAAUCAAAUACAGUUUUGGUUGCUCUCGUAAGUAGAAGUAAAGUAAAAUUGGUUUUUAUUCUCUAGCACUUUCUACACCCAAGUGCCUAAAAAAAAUUUUUAAAUGGGUAUUAUUUCCAUAAGCCAAAUAUUUAUAUUAACACAAGGGGGAAAAUACUGUGUGUUUUCUAACAAUCAAAUAUUAGCAUUUAUGCUAAAGUGUUUGAAAAUUUAAUUAAAAAUAUUUAUUAUAAUUAU